AUGGCGCCUAGCAAAUGGGAUGACGAAGAGUCGGAGAGCACGCCUCCCUCUUCUCCACCAGGACCUAUCGCCCGUCGUGGCAAGUUCGAAGACGAGGAAGAGGACAGCGAUGUCCUAGAAUCAUGGGACGCCGCCGAGGACUCCGAGGUCGAGCGCGAGAAGGCGAAGAAGGAGGCCGAGGCAAAGGCAAAGGCCGAAGAAGCCGCGAAAGCCAACCACAAGACCAAGGCCCAGCGCGUCGAAGAGCGCCGGCAGGAGAAUCUGCGCCGGAAGCAAAUGGAGGAAGAAGUGUCUUCUGAGGAGGAAGAGGAUGAGGCUGCGCGGCGCGCCCGGUUACGAAAGACGGAGCAGGAUGCCGACAUGGCGCACGCGGAGGACCUAUUCGGCGAUCUGGCUGUCAGCAGCAAGCGCACUGGCGGAAAGCCAGUCACCCUGGCCGACGACAGCGAUCCCACAAAGGUCGUCGACCUGAGCGCCCUCGCCAUCUUCAACCCGAACACGAAGGACCAGUUUCUGAAACUCAGGGAGACGCUCGUGCCCCUCCUCACCAACAACAACAAGAAGGCGCAUUACGUCCUCUUCCUGCAGGAGUUCACGAAGCAGAUAGCCAAGGACCUGCCGAGCGACCAGAUCAAGAAGAUUGCGAGCGGCCUCACAACGCUCAGCAACGAGAAGAUGAAGGAGGAGAAGGCUGCCGAAAAGGGCGGCAAGAAGAGCAAGGCUGCGAAGACGAAGGCCAGUCUGGUGGCCUCGCGAGACGUCAGCUACAAGGCCGACACGCAGGCGUACGACGACGAUUACGCAGAUGACGACUUCAUGUGA